UCUAGUCCUCACAAGAGCAGAGAUUAGCUGAUCAGUCUGUCUAUCUUACUGUGCAUCUGAGCUCAUCACUCCUCUUGCUUUCUCUGUCCACUGUAUCUGUUUGUUCUCUGCACUUGCAAUAGGCGCUCGUGUCUGUUUGCAGCAUUACGCGGCGGGUAACACAACUUGCACAGGCAAAUCUGGCUUGCUGCUGCUAGAUGCUCAUUGCUGGGGACUCCCGCAGCCUGGUCAGUGUCAGCCGAUCCCCAGGUGCGGCAGUGAGCUCAGAGGGACCUGAUGCCAGCAGAGAUGGGGAGCAGAGGCGCAGGGCUGGCUGUGCCACGUUCCCCGUCACCUUACGGGGAGUUGGGCUGUUUGGGCUCUAUGCAGGGGCGGCUCUUCUGCCCCCCCAGCACCAUUGUGCCGGUGCAGUAGUGAGCUGCCUCGCACCACCAACCUCAACCCCACGCAGCAGUGCGAGUGUGCCAGCUGCCAAGUGACAACCAGGGCCAAGCGCGCAGGCUGGCAGGCAGGGAGCUGCCUUAAGAGCGCAGGGCUGCAGGCAGAAGCACUGGGAAAAGCCCCACGUCCUGUGCCUGAACAGAACUGCACAGAGGUGGGCGACAUCCAUUACUUACAUAGACAAGAGCUGAAGUUUUCCAUGUUUGGUAAAAAGUGAAUCUGCAUUUGAAUUACGCAAUGAAGAAUCUCCCUGAGCACUUUCAAGACCCGAAGCUCAAAGCAAAACACUCUGCUUCCUGUAAGCGGCCCCCAGCACAUUUGCAUGUGUUUCCAUACAUUUCUCAUCUGUGCAACUCAUGUGUAUGAUGUCUUUGGGGCAGUUACAAGACACUUCUCAAUCCUGUGCACUCCCCAGAAAUACACAUGGGAAAGGUGUGGACGUGUAUGAGUAUGCAGUGAAAGGGGCGUUUGUGCAGCUGGGGAGCUCUUGGCAGGGCAGGUGCCAGCUCUGCCCCUCCGAUAGAAUCGUUGGAGGACUCAGGGAGAGUUACAACAGGGAAACCCAAAGGAGGAGCAGAACCAAGAAGCCAAAGGUGUUAUUUGUUGAAGCAGCCAGCAGACGUUGCAGUUUAUCUUCAUGGCACCAGCUGGCUUGGACAUAAAUUUUGCUCAGUUAACUAUAGGUCUAUCACUUGGAUGCUUAAAUGAAGAGGAUGGGCACAAAUUCACCUGCCCACAGCUGCUGCUACAGACCAGAGAGGGCUGAAACAGCCCUGGAAAUACCUCCCUGUACUUCCAUAACUCAGGAAAGAGGCCAAGGCCCCUCUAAUAUCAACCUCAGUGCCAAAGCAAUGCCUAGCAACUAUGCGAUGUGUUUUGAUUCAAUUUAGAAAUUCCAUCGUUUUUUUCAUUGAAUAAUUAUUCAUGAAUGGCACGGAUUACACUGGCUUUUACUUUUAUAUAAAACUUCAGGUUUAUCUGAAUGUCAGUCUAACAAUUAACUGAUGAUAAAUAAUUGUUUACCCAGGGUUAGAAAACAAUAAGUGCAGCAAGGAUGCUGCAUGAUUGGAUAAAAUUUCUUUUUUCUUUCAGCACAAUUAAUCUCACAAUGAAGACUGGGGAGGUGGAGUUACUGGAAUUUGUGCUCUGUGAGCCCAGCCAAAACCCAUUCCUCAGCUCUCUGACAGGGAAGGCUGUUUUGCCUGCAGUACCAGGGCUGGCACAGUCUGGUUGUGCACAUCAGCCCAAAUUUAAAGACAGCUGUACUUGUCGUAAAAACAGGGUAAGGAACUUUGGAAUUCAUGAGACUGAUCAUUAAUCUCAAGGAACUGUUUUUGUGGAAGACAGUGGCACAUGGGCUCUGUCCACUCCCAUCAAGCAGCUCCAUUUGAACACUGACAAUGCAGCACUAGAAACAUGGGGCUUCACCAGAAAGUGAAUUGUCAUUGCAACCAGCUCACAUGCAGUUAAAACACAGGAAGAAGCUGGUAAACACAUCACAGUAAUUGCCCACCAUAAGCUUCCUCUUGGUUUUCUACCUUAACGACUUCAACAGAUUUGUCUUUUGAUUUCAGCUCUUUCUCUCAUUCUUUCUUCCUUCCUUUCCACCUCGCUGGGACACCUGAGGUUUCUGUUCUGUCCAGGCCUCCCUCUGUGCAGGUUUGCUUGGCAGCUUCACCAACUGCUCAUUUUGUGUCCCUACCAGGAUCUGUGAUGACAGUGACAUACACUAACCGCGUGGCCGAUGCCCGCUUAGGCACCUUCUCGCAGCUCCUGCUCCAAUGGAAAGGCAGCAUCUACAAACUCCUUUACUCCGAGUUCCUUAUUUUCAUCUCCCUCUACUUCGCCAUCAGCCUUGUCUACAGGCUGAUCCUCAGUGAAAGCCAAAGGCUGAUGUUUGAGAAGCUGGCACUCUACUGUAACAGCUAUGCUGAGCUAAUCCCUGUGUCCUUUGUGCUGGGUUUCUACGUGGCCCUGGUGGUGUCCCGCUGGUGGGCGCAGUACGAGAGCAUCCCAUGGCCUGACCGCAUCAUGAACUUGGUCUCCUGCAAUGUGGAUGGGGAGGAUGAGUACGGGCGGCUGCUGCGUCGCACCCUGAUGCGCUACAGCAACCUGUGCAGCGUGCUCAUCUUGCGCUCCGUCAGCACUGCUGUGUACAAGCGCUUCCCCAGCAUGGAGCACGUCGUGAGGGCAGGCCUCAUGACACCUGAAGAGCACAAGAAGUUUGAGAGCUUGAAUUCUCCCCACAACAAGUUUUGGAUCCCAUGUGUGUGGUUCUCCAAUCUGGCUGUGAAAGCAAGGAAUGAGGGGAGGAUCCGGGACAGCGUGCUGCUCCAAGGCAUCCUGAAUGAGCUCAACACUUUGCGCAGCCAAUGCGGGCGGCUCUAUGGGUAUGACUGGAUCAGCAUUCCCCUGGUCUACACCCAGGUGGUGACCGUGGCUGUUUACAGCUUCUUCCUGGCCUGUCUGAUUGGGCGGCAGUUCCUGGAUCCUGAAAAAGCAUACCCUGGCCAUGAACUAGAUCUCUUUGUGCCUGUCUUUACGUUUUUGCAGUUCUUCUUCUAUGCUGGCUGGUUAAAGGUGGCUGAGCAAUUAAUUAACCCUUUUGGAGAGGACGAUGAUGACUUUGAAACCAACUGGCUCAUCGACAGGAACCUGCAGGUCUCCCUUAUGGCAGUGGAUGAGAUGCAUCAGGAUUUGCCCAUUCUGGAGAAGGACCUAUACUGGAAUGAGCCCGAUCCCCAACCACCUUACACUGCAGCCACUGCUGAGUACAAGCGCCCAUCAUUUCUUGGAUCAACUUUUGAUAUCAGCAUGCAGAAAGAAGAGAUGGAGUUCCAGCCCCUGGAGCAAAUUAAAGAGAAUGAGGAAGCAAAUCAUUCCACGCCACUACUGGGACACCUGGGCCGCCUCCUGGGUGUCCAGUCACCAAGUUUCUCCAGGUCCUCUUCUCGGAUGAACCUACUGCGCAGGCGAGGGGAGCCCACAUCCCCCUUCUCCCAUUACAUGUACCAAGACAUGGGCAAGUCAGGAAACAUCAGUCAGCCAAGGGGAGACACCAACUCACAGGAGCAGUGGGACGGUGAGGAUGGAAAACUGAGGGAGUUUGAUGCCUUCAUAUCAACCCCAUUCUAUGAGAGACCUGGUUUCUACAGUGCUCCACAGACACCCAUCAGCUCCAUCCCCAUGAUCUUCCCUUCUAGACGCCAAGGGCGCAAGAAGCCCCCUGCACUCUCCAGCAUAGCUGCAUGCUCAAAUUCUCUUAAGGACGUUGUUGUCAACUGCUCACCUUCCAGGAUGAGUGAUACAUACAAAAGCCAGAGCUCCCUCGGCUCAGGUACAAAGGAAACAUUUAUUUGGCCAACAGAACGAAAUAAAGGUCCUGACUCGCUGGUUGUAAUGGUGGAAGAAGAAAAGAGCAACUCUAGCAGUAAAAGCAGAGAAGCUGCCAUCACUGGAAGUCCAGCAGCUCUGUCCACAGCAUCAGACAGCCCUAAAUUCCCUUUCCUAGCAGAGUCCCCAGACCAUGAGCAGCAGGGCAGCUUCAAAAGUCUGAAGAGUUCGAAAGGCUCCCACCCACCCUGGCUAGCUCUGGAGAAUGUAGCAACAACCACUCCCAAUUCUGAGCAAUCGAGCGCCCUCCCCCAACCCAGCAACAUACCGCCCAGCAGCAGCACCUCCCUCUGCUUCUCAUUCACUCCUGUCUCAUCUCCAGUGCUGGAGAGAUCCCCCAUAGGGAGUAGAGGCCCCGAUACUCACAGUUUAAGUUCAGAAGACACAGCUAGCGCACCAGACCAGCAUCCAUCAGAGGUUUCCAGGAGCACGAGAGAUACAGCAAACAGAAGCAGUAAUGCUCCUCCUACGAGAGAGACAAGAAGAGCAGACAGCCCAUCCACUAAUGACUCUGGCAUCUCUCUUGCUGAAGGUGACUACGUUGGACUGAUGGAGGUGAUCAUGGAGACAAGUGAAAGCAUAUGUGAAGAGCAGAUGGACCAGUGCAGCUAGAGGAGACUGACACACAUGUAUGCCAGGUAGAAAUGAUACUGCAGUGUCUUCACACCUGGCCCACACUAGUACUCAUCCUCCUAGAAGAAAGGCAGUGCUGCCAGACUUCUUGUUUCUGGAGUAUUAUUCACCUGCAGCCCAGCACCAGUGACUGACUGCUACUGGGCUGGACUGAGACAUAGUAGCAGGCACUUGACUUCAGUGACUGCAACAAGAAAAAAAAUCUCUACACACUCUAGCAAAAUAAGACUUCUAGCAUUAGGUAUUACAAAUGCCUAACUGUAAAACCAUAGCUGAACAAAUACUGUUCUGGAGCACAGGUAUAACUCAAAGCAGAAGUACAUAGUUAAGGAUAUUACAGCAAUUGAAGCUCCAGGUUUACAUACCUAUUUGCCAUUAGGCCCAGGACUUGCACAAGUUGUUCCACGGAAAGAAAGGGACUGAGGCACAGCAUUUGUGAUACAGAGCCACAGUGCUUCAUGAAGUCCUAUCCAGCUGAUGCUCUCCAGCAUCAGUAAAACAAUAGGUUAAGGCUAUUCAAAAAAGUGGCUGCCAACAAUGAUUAUUUACAUUGCUUCAAGUUUUCUGUAUUUUGCUAAAUUGAAAGCAAAGAAGUUAUCCAGAUGGUAGCAGACAACACAAAGCUAAGAUUUUUAAUGAGUUUUCCCUAAAAACAAACAAAAAAAACCCAACCCUAAAAGCAAGACAGAUGUCCAGGACCACCUGCUUCCUCAUUUUAAUUUCCACAAUAAAAGUUUAAAGAAACCAUGAAGUUCUUCCUCUUUUCACAGAAAACUGCAUGUUCCCUUCAGUCACAAGGGGCACGUGGUAAAUCCAGCCCACCCACUUCCCUUCUAAUACCCACACAAUAUUCCAACCCUCUGCCUGCCAGGCACAGCUGUUUGAGCUGGACAAAUCGCACUGCAAUCCAUAUCUAAUACCCCAUACAUUAUCUUUUAAGACAGUACCUGCAACAGUUCGUCCAUCUUACAUUGUGAAGGAAGCUGCAAGAGCAAUGUUUUUGUACACAAGUGUAGUGGCCAUUUUUGUUAGACAUUAAGACAGAAUCUUUGGUGGCAAAGGCAUUUUGAAACAUGCUUCAGUUCCUUUGCAAUCCUUGCAGGUUUUUCCCCCAUCCAGUAGUAUCCACUAAAAUACUCGAGCGCUAGAGUUAAAACAAUUCCUCCAAUUUAUUUCUUCAUCCAUGCUCAGCUCAAGAUAACUUUCUCAGUUAAGACUACAGAGCACAAUCCCACACACACACCUUAAGGGAAAAAAAGCAGAAGCCACCUUGAACCAAGUCACUUUAUUGGAUGGAGGGCAGUACACAAAACACAAGAGAAAAGAGGGCUGAUAUUUGGUACAGAGUAUAAGAACUGCUUAUCUAGAUAGCUGAAGAUGCAUGCACUGCUGGAC